UCAAGGUCUCCGCGGGCGGCACAGGUUUCUGCUGUAGGGGCCGAUACAAAGCAUCCUGGGAAGCGUCUCCGGGGUUUCAGUUAGCGUCCGCUCUGGGUCCUCCCCGCAUUCCGCACCCUCCGCGGCUGCUCCCUGGAUCUGAGGCUUGCGGGUUCGCGGCCGCGUGGAGCCGCAGAGCUCCCUGACGGGUGUCCGCGCGAGGCUCGCUCAGCCUCAGCCUCCGUGCGCCGAGGACAGGUGUGAGCGCCCCCGCUUCGCUGCUGCCGACUGGUGCGCGCCACACCGUGCUGCCUGGAGUUGGGGUGCGAGGGCUGCAGAAGCUGCAGAGGCCCAGGCUUGAGAUCCUGGCCUCAGGAUGAAGCUGUGCUCGGGGACCCGCCCGAGCAGGCCUCGUGCGCUCACGUGGUCACGGUCACAUGCACCGUCGAGUCUGCUGGUAGGCGCGCCCUGAGACAUCCUCCUCCUCAACGAGGGCACCCCGUGCGUCUGUCCGUUUACUUCCCUGCAUAACCUCGCGAUGGCGGGCUCUGUCCUUCCCACGGCUGAGGAUGCGCACAGGGUUUAGGUGCUGAGACCCAAUGCAGGAGCUUCUUGGCAGGAAUGAGUGAACAGUGACUAAUGAGCCCAGGCCAGCUUGAACUGAAAGCAAUCCUCCUGCCUUCGUGUCCCCGAGUGUCAGAACUGCUCUUGUUUUGGUCCAGUCUCCAUAGUUUGUGGAUUUCAGACCCAGCCAUUCCCCAGGAGGACGAUGACCAAGGUCAAGGAGAUGAGAAUGUGAAGGAAAUGGAGUCUCUUCAGGACGUAGGACUGGGGGACCUGGCACAUGAGGAGCUUUUCUGCUCACAGAUCUGGCAGCAAGUUACUAGGGAGUUAACGAGGGGGCGAGAGCUCACGGUGCCCACUGGGGAGAGCAGCUCUCCCUUGAAACAAGGUGAUGAGCCUUGGGAAGAAGAGGAGCUCAGCAGACAUUCCCGUCAGAAUCCACGGUUUCUGCUCCACUGCCGAGCAGGUGGUCGUGAAGAACCUCACAGAGAGGAGAUGAAAGAGAAGGACAAUGCCUGCGACGCCCGUCUUCAGGCCAGCAGGCAGGGUGCUACUGGGGAGAAGAAGUACAAAUGUGAAAAAUGUGAGAAUGCCUUCUGUCGGCUAUCGGGCCUUCAGGCCCAUCAGGUGAGGCACACUGGAGAGAAACCAUACAGGUGUGAGGAGUGUGGAAAGGGCUUCACUAGGGCCUCGACCCUUCUGGACCAUCAGAGAGGCCACACUGGAAACAAGCCCUAUCAGUGCAACGCUUGCUGGAAGAGUUUCUGUCAUAGCUCAGAGUUUAACAAUCACAUGAGAGUCCACACGGGAGAAAAGCCCUAUAAGUGUGAGGAGUGCGGGAAAGGCUUCAGCCAGGCCUCACAUCUUCUGGCUCAUCAGAGAGGCCACACCGGAGAGAAACCCUACAAGUGUAACACGUGUGGGAAGGGAUUCAGCCGGAGUUCAGAUCUUAACGUUCAUUGCAGAAUCCAUACAGGAGAGAAACCAUACAAAUGUGAGGAGUGUGGGAAAGCCUUCAGUCGGGUCUCAAUUCUCCAGGUGCACCAGAGGGUCCACAGUGAGGACAAGCCGUAUCAGUGCGCAGAGUGUGGGAAGGGCUUCACUGUGGAAGCACACCUCCAGGCCCACCAGCGCGCCCACACUGGAGAAAGGCCCUAUCAGUGUGAGGAGUGUGGGAAGGGCUUCUGUCGUGCUUCCAAUUUCCUCGCUCAUCGAGGGGUCCACUCAGGAGAAAAGCCAUACCCAUGUGACGUGUGCGGAAAGCGCUUCCGGCAGAGGUCCUACCUGCACGACCACCAGAGGAUCCACACUGGAGAGAAACCGUACAAAUGUGAGGAGUGUGGGAAAGUCUUCAGCUGGAGCUCAUACCUCAAGGCCCACCAGAGAGUCCACACGGGAGAAAAACCGUACAAAUGUGAGGAGUGUGGGAAGGGCUUCAGCUGGAGCUCCAGUCUCCUGAUUCACCAGCGAGUCCACGCUGAGGAGAGGUCUCGUGGGUGUGUUGAAUGUGAGAAGGGCUUCCGCUGUAGCCCUGCUGGUUGCAUUCAUCAAGGAGACCGCACAGGAGACAAACGUAAGGAAUGCAGUCAUGUUCCACGUGAACCCAUCCAUCAGAAGGCCCACGCUCCAGUGAAACCAUUCAAGUGUGAGCAGUGUGGAAAGUAUUUCAGUUGUAGAUCAUCUCUUCACGUUCACUUUAAAGUGCACACGAGGCAGAGACCUUACAGUUGUGAGGUGUGUGGGAGUGCUUUCAGCCAGACCUCUCACCUGGAGGACCACAAGAGACUGCACACUGGGGAGAAACCGUUCAGAUGUGAGGUGUGCGGUAAGAGCUUCAGCCGGAGCUCACACCUCCGGUCCCACCAGAGAGUCCACACGGGAGAGAAGCCGUACAAGUGUGAGGAAUGUGGGAAGAGCUUCAUUUGUAGCUCAAACCUGUACAUUCAUCAGAGAGUGCACACGGGGGAGAAGCCCUACAAGUGUGCGGACUGUGGGAAGGAGUUCAGCCGCCCCUCGAGCCUCCAGGCCCACCAGGGCAUCCACACCGGGGAGAAGUCCUAUGUGUGCACCCUGUGUGGCAAAGGCUACACUCUGAACUCAAAUCUGCAAGUCCAUAUGCGAGUGCACACUGGGGAGAAGCCGUACCGGUGUGACACGUGUGGGAAGGUCUUCAGCCGCUCCUCACAGCUGCAGUCCCACCGGAGAGUGCACACGGGGGAGAAGCCGUACAGCUGCGAGGUCUGUGGGAAGAGCUUCGGUUGGCGCUCCAACUUCCUCAUCCACCGCCGGAUCCACAGCCGCGCCGACGCCGACGGGAAGGCCGGCCAAAGCCCCGGGGAGCCGGCGCAGGAGACGAGCUCUAUAAAAUAGUGCUUUCCAGA